UCAACUCACAUUGUAUUCAGCUGCUGUCGUUGAAAUUAUAAAUCUAUGUUUUACACAUUUGCUCGGCGCCUUGAACAACAGCGUCGCUACUCGGCCAAAAGCAAUGCCGUGCAAACGUUGCCAUCGACGCAAGACGAGAAGUUCAAUUUACGCCUGAUCGACCUAUAUAGGAAGUACCCGUGCUUGUGGAAUCAAUCACUCAAGGAUUAUGAAGAUGUGGACCUGAAGCGUAAGGCCUGGCAGGAUAUUGCAGAUGAAAUGGGAGCCCAUCUGAAGGCCAACUUCGUGCGCCAUCGUAUACUCGAAAUGCAAUACCAACUCAAUAUCUACAAUCUCAAAAUGAUUGAGUACAAAAUGUACCCCGAUGCCAGCAGGCAACCGGAAAAACUCUACUACUUUGAUGCAUUUGCUUCGAUUGUGGAUGCAAGCCAGAGACGCGAGCCAGAUCAGAGCGGACGGACAGAAGAUGCCAAAAACUUGGUCGCGAAGAAAGCCAAUCGUAGCAUUGCAGACAUUUUCAAGCAGCGAAUUCAGCAACCAAAUAAUAUGAAUAUCAUGAGAAAGAUGAUGCAGCGUUUAGUUCUCAGCAAUAACGAUAAUCCCAACGGGUCACCCCGUGGCCACUUGGAAAGCGGAUUGUGGCUGAAGGCGCAGCAGCCUGAACAGAUGAUGGAUGCAGCCGUCAAAUCAGAAAUCAAGUCCAAAUCAGAAAUUGACAACAUGAUAAUAGAGCGUAUACAGGGCAUGGAAUUGCCGGUUGAUAGUAUGGACAGUAACAGCUUGGAUGGUCAAGAAGCGCUCAUGUACAUUCCCAGUGUGGUCAGGAAGCGAUUACGACAGAAUUUUAUGAGUGGCAUGCGUCGCGAAUUGGAGGGGGAGAGGCAUUCGCAAACAAUUGCAGCACCAAAAAAACACCCUACACCAUUAUCACCCAUGAAGCCUGCACUGCCCGGCGAUUCCGUGUCCAAGACCAGACUGACCCAUAAAGUGGGACUGCCUAAGUCGACUAAGUCGGACGGAUCGGAAAGCAAAUCAGAAGAUGAGGACGUUCAUCGCCUGCAAUGGAGGGUGCGGCUGCAGCGAGGCAGUCGUCGUCAAUCCGGCAACGCCCAGAAAUACAAUCUCCAGCCUCCGUUGUUGCAGGGCAUGUGUGACUGUGACUUUUAACAACAUGGACCAAUCCGAAAUAUAAAAAUAUAAAUGAGAGAACUGGGUGGAAACAUUAGGAUAUGUUAAUCAUUUGAUUUAGUAAAUUAGUAUUUAAAAAUAAUCUGAAUUGCAAUCAAAAUUAUAUAUUAUGUAAAACACGUGAUUUGAUUUAAAUAUGUAUUAAGUAUACUGCUUUAAAGCAUAAACUGCAUACUC